UCCAUGUUUGAGCAAAUUAAGGACAGAAACAGUAUAAUAUUUGAGUAGAGAGAGAGUGAGCAUUGAGCAAAGCAUUGGAGCAAAACGAUGGACUAUCAAUGGCUCAUUUUCUUCACCGCCCUCUUAUUCUCAGCCACCGCCGACGCUUCCGGCUGUGCAAACGACGGAUUUGAUGUAGUGCGGAAUAUCAGUGAGGUGGAACAGGGCAGCUUUGGUAGAGCAGGCUUAUCUCAUGCCACUCUUGCCGGUGCACUCAUGCACGGUUUAAAGGAGGUCGAGGUAUGGUUUAACACAGUUGCUCCAGGAUCUGGAACACCGAUUCACAGGCACUCGUGCGAGGAAAUCUUUGUGGUUCUAAAGGGUAGCGGGACACUGUAUAUCGCGCCGUCUAAUCCAGAUCUAGACCAUCCUGGAACUCCCCAAGAGUACCCCAUCUUUGCUAAUAGUACAUUUCAUGUUGCAGGUGGUAUUGUUCAUCAGGUCAGGAACACAAAUGAACAUGAAGAUUUACAAUGUCUAGUUGCCAUAUCCAAGCCACCUAUGAAAGUGUUCAUGUACAAGGACUGGUUCACGCCACACACUGCUGCCAAAAUGGUAUUUCCCAUGUUUUGGGAUGAGAAAUGUUAUCAAAAGCAUCCGAAGAAAGAUGAGCUUUGAUAUACAACUCCUUUGGCAGAAC